CGGGUGGAGGGAGGAGGGCCUCCGCAGGGAUUUCUGAAAGAGCCUACGGCCGGGAAUCUGUGCGAGUAACAGCUCAGAUGCCUAAGAAAUUCUCUAUCGUGAAAACUUCUCUACCUAGCAGUCGUGCUGCAAUGGGUUUGGAAGGAAGGAAUAACAGGAGACUUCUGAUGGUCCCGGAGGUUGGAUAUAGCAUUGCAGAAAGUGGUGAUGUGAAGGUCUGGGAAAAUACUAGUUGCAUCUGGAAAGGAGGUCAAGAGGGCACCCAAAAUGAGCUUAGGAGUGUUACCACAUCCACACCUUUGGAGCAAGAUGUGAGGCUUUAUACUACUGGCUGGUGCAAUGAUUACUCUAACUUUCUUCUAGAGCUAAACAUGCUGGGCUGGAUCCUUGAGAAUCUCAUUGCUGUCACUGUAGGACCUGCUGCACACAUCUGGAAUGGACUUGAUUUGAAAGCCAUUGAAGGCAUUGAUUUGAAUUCCAGCUCCAAACACAUUUCACAUCUGGCUUGGAAUAAAGGAAUAUGCCUUGCAGUUUGGAUCAGUGAUGGAGAAGUGCAAUUGUGGAACAUUGAAACCAGAAAGAGGUCGAGAAAUAUGUUUGGCCACCUGUCUGUAAUUGGAGCGCUGUCUUUUCUCAUCUGCGGUGGCUUGCUACUAGGAUUUGUCCACCACCGUGAUGUUCAGGCUGCUCAACACCAUGUUGGGAUUCUUUGUCAAAACAAACAAAACAUUUGCAGCCUGAAAUUGUCACAAAUGUUGCUGGCAUUUUGGUCUAGAGGUCGUAUAUUGAAUAUUUGGCCUAGCAACCCUGGGGUGAAAUUGCAGUCACAGACACUGAAAAUCAUACUUCCCUUCUUAGCAGUUAAGGCCAUGACCUGGUGUCCUUGGCAGUCAAAAGUCCUUGCUACAGGAGGUGGAAUGAAAGAUGGGAUUUGUGUCUGGCCCAUGAAUUGUGAGAAAAUCAUCCAAAGUGCAAUUACAGAUUCACAGAUUUCUUUCUUGCUCUGGUUUACCCAGUGAACUGACAAUGGGAAAGGCCUUCCUGGAAAUCAGAUGAAAAUAUGGAAGUAUCCCAUGCUUGUCAAUUCAUUAGAACUCUGUCACAAAGGGAUAAUCUUGCAUAUAACCCUGAGCUCAGAUCAGAGUAGGUUCAUUUUUGUUGCAGUGGAUGGGAUGUCUUGUCUGUAA